CCUCAUCCCUGUCAUCUCAUCUGAAUUCCAAACCUCUUCUCGUGCAGCAAGGAUCACCAAAACUCGUAGCUUUAAUUUGCCAGCGAGAAGACAGCAGCAGCUAGCUGCAAGAAUAGAGGAUCGAUUGAUCGAACGAUCAGCAAGCAGUUGAGCACGACGACAUGGAGCUGGAGCUCGGGCUGGCGCCACCGAACGCGCACCAUCCCAUGAUCAACAACCACCUCGCCGUCGCCGACGAGCUCAGCAGCAGCUCGUCGGAUUCUUCUGCGCGCGGGAAGAGAGGGUUCAGGGAGGCGUUCCAGCAGGAGACGCUGCUGCCGCUUUUCGACGACGGCUCGUGCAGGAAGAACAAGAAGCCGCUUGUUGGGUGGCCGCCGGUGAGCUCCGCGCGCAGCAGGGCGGGCGCCGGCGCCGGCGCCAACUACGUCAAGGUGAAGAAGGAAGGGGACGCCAUCGGCAGGAAGGUGGACCUGUCGCUCCAUAACUCCUACGAUGAGCUCCUCGCCACGCUCGGCCGCAUGUUCCCGGCCACCAGCAACCAUGGUAACGGCAAGGAAAUCAGCAGCUCCACCAGCCAUGUGGUGGUCACCUACGAGGAUGGAGAAGGGGACUGGAUGCUCGUUGGAGAUGUGCCAUGGGAUGAUUUUGCGCGAUCCGUCAAACGCCUUAAGAUACUGGGAUGACUACAUGAGCUGCACACAUCUCACUGCACUGAUGUACAUGUUUAUAAAUUUUUUUUCCUGGGUUCAAAAGCACAAUGGUGUUGAGGGUCUACACAGUAGUAGUAGGUUACGGGUUACCUCUUUGCGAGUUGUGACAAUACGUAUACGACCAGGUCUUGUUUGUGAGAAUGUUCGCUUGGAGACUUGUCUUUGUGUUUUGCGCGGUUUAUGCUGCUGCUGAUCAUAUACUAUAUAUAUACAAAAAGAAAAAAGAAAAAAAUACUAUAUAUACAAUACAGAUCUUUCUACCCUUUUUUGUAAA